CCUGCCAAAAUGACCAACACCAAGGGAAAGAGGAGGGGCACCCGCUACAUGUUCUCCAGGCCCUUCAGGAAGCAUGGCGUCGUUCCCCUGGCCACAUACAUGCGAAUCUACAAGAAAGGUGACAUUGUGGACAUCAAGGGCAUGGGCACUGUUCAGAAGGGGAUGCCGCACAAAUGUUACCACGGCAAAACCGGACGUGUCUACAACGUGACCCAGCAUGCUGUCGACAUUGUUGUGAACAAGCAAGUCAAGGGCAAGAUCCUUGCCAAGAGAAUCAACGUGCGCAUUGAGCACAUUAAGCACUCGAAGAGCCGGGACAGCUUCCUGAAGCGCGUGAAGGAGAACGACCAGAAGAAGAAGGAGGCGGCCAAGGAGAAGGGCACCUGGGUGCAGCUGAAGCGCCAGCCUGCCCCUCCACGAGAGGCCCACUUUGUGCGGACCAACGAGAAGGAGCCCGAGCUGCUGGAGCCCAUCCCCUAUGAGUUCAUGGCCUAGUCUGAAAUAAAG